AUGUCGGCCUCUCGAUUUUCACUUCUUGCCCGGAGGCUAUACAUUUCCACCAACAGUCAUCUCAAAAUUAACAAAGAUACUAAAGUAAGCGGAAUCGUUUUUAAAUAACUUUAACGAUUCUUCAGGUAAUUAUUCAAGGAAUAACUGGUAAGCAAGCGACUUUCCACGGUAUGCAAAUGAUUGAAUACGGAACGAAUGUGGUCGGAGGGGUAUCGCCGAAGAAAGCGGGCAGCCAGCAUUUGGGAAAGCCAGUGUUUGCUACGGCUAAGGUGAGUCACGUAGCGUAAUAUGCGGGAAUAGAGGGUAGCAACAGCAUACUUUUUUGCUGUAUGUAUGAUACAAUUUAAAUUUCAAAUCCUUAGGAAGCCCGUGAGAAGACCGGAGCCGAUGCUUCGAUCAUCUACGUCCCGGCUCCAUUCGCCGCUGACGCCAUUAAUGAAGCCAUUGACGCAGAAAUCCCUCUUGUGGUAUGCAUUACCGAAGGAAUUCCGCAACUUGUAAGUUUCACAUCGCGAGUUUUCAUGUUUAUAAAAACAAAAUCCCCUUUUUGAAUGUAGACAUAUGUACUAUGUAUUUUUUCUGUUUAGUCGUUUAUCCUAUGACAUAAAUUUUAAGAAUUUUGUUUUCUCGGAAAAGUGCAAAAGUUGGGAUAGGGUUCUGAUGGAAGGUCACAAAAUCCCCCGAACUGUGCAAUUGAAACUGAUUGUGGGCUUGAGUACUUGAAUUAGGUAUGGAACCAAGUGCGAGGGACGCUUAAAAUUUAAAAAGUCAAAAUACCAAAAAUUGAGCGGACCUAAUUUCUGGCUGAUUAUUAAUUUCAACUUAAAAUUACUUCCAGGACAUGGUCCGAGUGAAAUCCCGCCUUCUAAAGCAAAACAAAACCCGUCUUCUUGGUCCCAACUGUCCCGGCAUCAUUAAACCUCAACAAUGCAAGAUGGGAAUCAUGCCUGGAGAUAUCCAUAAGCCCGGAUAUAUUGGAAUUGUCUCCAGAUCGGGGACUCUUACCUAUGAGGCCGUUCAACAGACAAGUGAUGUUGGGCUUGGGCAGACAUUGGUAGUCGGAAUUGGAGGCGAUCCAUUCAAUGGCACUGACUUUGUUGAUUGUUUGAAAGUAAGGGUUUAAUCUUUUUUGAUAUGGUAAAAAUAUACUGACUCAAAAAAAUUUUUUGGCCCGCAACCUGUGUCAUCAUUUUUUCAGAUCUUCAUUGCGGAUCCCCAAACCCGAGGGAUCGUAAUGAUUGGAGAAAUUGGAGGGCAAGCCGAAGAAGAAGCGGCCAAAUUCUUGAAGGAAAACAACUAUGGAGACGAUGCCAAGCCCGUGGUCACUUUUAUCGCUGGAUUAACUGCCCCGCCAGGCCGAAGAAUGGGACACGCCGGGGCUAUUAUUUCCGGCGGAAAAGGAGGAGCCAAGGAAAAGAUCGCGGCACUAAAGGAAGCUGGGUGCUCGGUGGUUGCAUCACCGGCCAAUCUGGGCGUUGAAAUGGCGCGAUGCUUGGUUCAUCAACAUGUCAGACGGACCUCUACGAUCUAA